AUGUCUCGAGCCCUGUAUCGUCCCAGCGUGCUACGCGGAAGAGCCCCGAGGGUAGCCUACCAGGCUCUCUUGUGGUCUACACCACUGGUUAGACGCGGCUUGCUUACACAGAGCUAUGCACGCGGUCCGACAGAGCCGCCGCUUUUCGAGUCGACCAUUGGAGAACACUUUGCCCGGAUUGUAGAGCAGUACGGGGACAGGACAGCUGUCAUUUCCAAGCACCAGAAUGACAGGGUGACCUACCUCGGUCUCGACGCUAAGAGCAAUGCACUCGCACGAGGACUGCAAUCCGUGGGCGUCAGGAAGGGAGAUCGCGUUGGAGUGAUGCUUGGAAACUCGAUGGAACAUGCGACUGUAACCUAUGCGCUCUUCAAACUGGGCGCUAUUCUGGUCCCAAUCAACCCCUCCUUCAAUGCAACCCAAGUCGUCGCAGCCCUAGCACACCUGGGAACAAGCCACAUGAUCAUAAGCAGCGAGUCCAACCUCCCGCGCAAGCAACCACGGAGCAACAUCCCUCUCCUCCGCCACCUCGCGCAAGACCUCCACGCAUCAAAGCUCGAAUCACCCGUCGUCCCAACCUUGCAAAACAUAAUCCUAGUCGACAACUCGACCGACCGCAUCGGCACAAACAGCUCCCUGUUCACCUUCAGAGCCCUAACCCCCUACAAAUACCUCACAUCGUCCAACACGCCAGACACAGCACCCCUCCUGCCUCAAGACCUGGACGCAACCGAAAUCGUCAACAUCCAAUUCACCUCCGGCACUACCGCAACGCCUAAAGCAGCGUGCCUAUCCCACCGCUCGAUCCUCAACAACGGCGCCCAAAUCGGCGACCGCAUGCGCCUUUCUCCAACCGACGUCGUCUGCUGUCCCCCACCCCUCUUCCACUGCUUCGGCUCGGUCCUCGGCUACAUGGCAACAGCAACACACGGGUCCGCGAUCGUCUUCCCCGCCGAAGCCUUCAAUGCGCGGGCCACGCUCGCCGCGGUACAAGAAGAGCGUUGCACGGCGCUCUACGGCGUGCCGACAAUGUUCCUCGAGGAACUGGGGCUCCUUGAAUCCGGCGAGAUCCCGCACAGAGGGUUCGAGCAUCUCCGCACCGGUAUCGCAGCGGGGAGUUCGAUCCCAGCCGAGCUAAUGAAGAAGCUACAUAAGACGCUGAAUCUGACGGAGCUGACCAUCUGCUAUGGCAUGACGGAGACGAGUCCCGUUUCGGCCAUGACCACGACAGAUGAUCCGAUUGAGAAGAGGAUUAAUACCGUCGGCCGCCUGAUGCCGCACGUUGAGGCCAAGGUCGUGGAUCCGAGUGAUCAUACUAAGAUCCUGCCUGUUGAAACCCGUGGUGAACUUGCGGUUUCCGGAUAUCUGCUUAUGAAGGGGUAUUGGGAUGAUCCGGAAAAGACGACGGCGGUAAUGAGGGAGGAUAGUGAGGGGAGGGUGUGGAUGCAUACCGGCGACGAAGCAACCCUUUCACCAGACGGAUACGUCACGAUAACCGGCCGGAUCAAAGACCUGAUCAUCCGUGGCGGAGAGAACAUCCACCCGCUCGAGAUCGAAAACGCACUGUUGACCUUCCCCGGCAUCGCGGAUGUCUCGGUUGUGGGUGUUCCCGAUGCGCAUUACGGCGAGGUGGUGGCUGCGUUUGUGAUUUGGAAAUCGCACAUGCAGCAUGAGGAUGCGGAUGCGGAUGCGCAGGCGGAGACGGGAGAUAAGAUCCGCGAAUUUGUGAGGCGGAAGUUGAGUGGGCAUCUUGUGCCGAAAUAUAUAUUCUUCCUUGAGCCGACGGAAUCAUUUCCGAAGACGGCGAGUGGGAAGAUCCAGAAGUUCAAGCUCAGAGAGACAGCGAUCAAGCUUUUGGGUGGACAGUGA